AUGGGCUCGGCGCAAAUACCCCCAAUCGAAAGCGUGAUUGAGGAGCUGGCAGCCAGGACCGAGAGCGCCAGCGUCAGCAGCCAUGGCCCGGAGCCGCCAGCCCGGAACGGCGGGCUGAUGCCCGAGCUGCCGCCGGCGCUGGCGGCCGUGCGCAACAAGACGACCGAGGAGAUCCUGGCCGACCUCAACAAGUCGCCGCUGUUCAUGACGGAGUUGGAGGAGAACGACGACGUGGCGGCCCUGCAGGCCCUGGCCUACGAGGGUACGCCGCUCGAGAACGCGUCCGACUUUAAGGAGCGCGGCAACGAGUGCUUCAAGGAGAAGAAGUGGGCCGACGCAAAGGAGUUCUACACCAAGGGCGCCAACAUCCUGGUCGCCGAGGUCAGGCGGCGUGCCCGGGGGGAGCCGCCGGCGCCCGUCGUAAGCGGUGGCGACGGCGAGGAGGGGACCGCCGGCGCACCCACGUCGUCGGACGACCCGGACGAGGUGGCGCGCGAGGCGGCGGUGCUCGAGUCGCUCUACGUCAACCGGGCGGCGUGCCACCUGGAGCUGCGCAACAACCGGUCCUGCACGCUCGACUGCGGCGCGGCGCUGCAGCUCAACCCGCGCAACAUCAAGGCGCUGUACCGCAGCGCCCGGGCGCUGGCGCGGCUCGACAAGGUGCCCGAGGCCGAGGACGCGGCCGAGCGCGGGCUGGCGCUGGACCCGGACAACGCGGCGCUGCGGGCGGUGCGGGACGAGGUGGCCGGGCGGCGCGCGGCCGUGGCGGCCAAGCAGAAGCGCGAGUCGGAGCGGGCCGCCACCGAGGUGCGCAGCCGGUACCUGCUGCGGGCGACGCUGCGGCAGCGCGGCGUGCGCACGCGCUCGACCGACAAGCCGCCCGAGAUGGAGGACGCGCGCUGCCAGCUGGUUCCCGACCCGGACGACGCCGCGGCCAGCUCGCUCGCCUUCCCGACCAUGAUCCUGUACCCGGCCGACAUGCAGUCCGACUUCAUAAAGGCCUUUGGCGAGCGCGACUGCGUUGACGUGCACCUGUCGUACCUGCUACCUCUCCCCUGGGACCGCGACAGCGCCUACACCCAGAGCGGCGUCGAGUGCUAUGUCGAGACUGCCAAGGGCUCGCUUCUCAAGCUGGGCAAGAAGGUGCCGCUCAUCAAGGUCCUGGCCCUCGAGAGCAUGGAAGUCGUCGACGAGCUCGUCCGCAUCUUCGUGCUGCCCAAGGCCAAGGCGGCCAAGUGGGUCAAGGAGUUCAAGGCCAUCAAGUCGGGCACCUCGACUUAG